AUGGAAUCGCACCCGCACCAGUCGAGCAAGAGCGGCAGCGGCAGCAACCGUGGAGCCAUGGAGGAGGAGGACCGGCUGAGCAGCCUCCCCGACGAUCUCCUCGACGCUAUCCUCCGCGCCCUCCCGCUGAAGCAGGCCGUCCGCACCAGCGCGCUCUCCCGGCGGUGGGCGCGCCAGUGGCUCCGCACGCUGGCCGCCUCCCGUGUCCUCGACCUCAACGACCGAGCCUUGGCCCGCGGCCAGCCGCCGGCGCGGGCCGCGGCCACGGUGAGUCGCUGCCUCCGGCUCCACGCCGAGCACGGCUCGCCGCUCGACGUGCUCCGCGUGGCGCUGGCGUCGCCGCCGUCGUCAGGGGCGGCAGGGCCGAGCGACGGCGCGUUCGGGCGGGACGUCAUCGGGUGGAUCGCGGCCGCCGUGAGGAGGGGCGCCAGGGAGGUCGAGGUGGACGUCCUGCACCUGACGCCGUCGCAGGACGACCACGACUCCGACGCGGCCUUCCUGGAGCUCCCCGGCGACCUGUUCCAGGCCAGGAACUCGCUGGAGCGGGUCGCGUUCGGCGGGUUCAGCCUCCGCGCCGUCCGGCUCCCCGCGGCGGGCCUCGCCGGCCUCCGCUCGCUCUCCCUCAGCAACGCCGACCUCACCGACGAGGCGGUCCGGGGCAUUCUCGCCGGCUGCCGGGCGCUGGAGUCCCUCAGCCUCAGGAGCUGCCCCCUGCUCACCUCGGUGAGUGUCGCCAGCGAGCGGCUGCGGGACCUGCAGCUACUGGGCUGCCGCACCGUGCAAGAGCUCCGGGUCGCCGCACCCGCGCUGGAGUCGCUCACCCUGUACGGCCACGUCUGCUGGAGCGAACCGGACCAGAGCUGGCAGGAGGCCAACCCUGUUUGCUUCGACUUCGGCGACAUGCCGGUGCUGCGGGACGCGUACCUGUCGCACCUCGGCUGUGGCGACUACAACAUCGUCCACGACAUGGCUUACCCCUGCCUGUACUACGUCGUCGCGCAUGCCCGGGUCUUGACGCUUUGCUCCAUCGGCUUGCUGCUUCUUUACCAACACGGCUGGGAUGAGAGCGCAUUUAGGGAGAUGCCGAAGCUAGAAGAGCUGCAGCUGCUGCUGGCCUCCCCAGAGCCAUGUUUCUACUGGGACAAUGAAGACCAGGAGCACGUGUCCAGUUUCUUCAUGCUCACGCCGCUUCCGGGGGACAAGGCGAGAGUGCGGCUGCUCACCUUCUUCCUGAAGAGGGCCCCUAGCCUGGAGCGGCUGGUGCUGCUCACUCCGGAAGGAGAGAAACCUCCGGCAGACGAGCAACUAAAAGCCAUGCCAGAGCGGGUGUCGGAGUUGCAGAGGUCGUCGCUCGAGGCACGCGUCUCCGUGUGCCAGCCCAAGGAAGACGAUAGCCCGAACCAUGCACACACCGGGUUCUUCCACGAGGAUGAUGAGUAUGUAGCUAACUAA